AGUAAUGUGGAAUGUGAUAUUUUCCAAUCUAAUCUUAAAAACAAUAAGAUAUAUUUAGCAAAAUUGCAUAGAACCCAAUUGUGCUUUUGUACAGUUAUUAGUACUUAACCUGAUUCUAAAUUAAGAGAACCAUUUGUUGGAUAUUUAACUUGAGCAGACAAUAAUAUAUGGAUGACUUUGAGUAACAGGACAAGAAUAUUGUUAAGUUAAUAUCAAAUAGAGAAUUCAGUAUCUAGCACUACUCGAAUAUUUGACUCAAAGUAUUAAGUACCCUGAACAUUUUGAAAGAUUUUUUUUUGCCUUCAACCUGCUUAUAUCCUUUUAAAAUUUUGUGAUAGUAUUUUUCCCAAAUAGUUUUCAGCAUACAUUUGGUAAAAAAACUUUGCAUUCUAAUUUUUUUCCCUUUAAAUUCGACUUCAGAUACUUAAUACUUAUUGGCUGUGUGACCUGGGCAAGUCACUUAACCCCAGUUGCCUCACCAAAAAAAAAAUGCUAUAUAUAUUUACAUUUUUUCUCCUUACCACCCCCUCCCCAAGACAGCAAGCAAUUUAAUGUAGGUUAAAUAUGUGCAAUCCUUUUAAACAUGUUUCCAUAUUUGUCAUGUUGUGCAAGAAAAAUCAGACCAAAAAGAAAGAAAAAACAAACAAAAAGCUGAAAAUACGUUGCUUCUAUCCUCAUCCAGCCUCCCUAGUUCUCUCUCUAGACAUGAUUGGCAUUUUCCAUCCCAGGUCUAUUGGAAUUGCCUUAAAUCAUUUCAUUAUUGAGAAGAGCCAAGUCCAUCACAGUUGAUCAUCUCAUAAUCUUUUUGUUACUGUGUACAGUGUUCUCUUGGUUCUGCUCACUUCAUUCAGCAUCAGCUCAUAUAAAUCUUUUGAAAGCUAUUUCUUCUACAUCUAGUUAGCUUCAGGUCCCCCUGUGAGAGAAGACCAUUGGAUGAGCAGUUGAAUAUGUUGAAUAUUUCAGGGAUCAGUGACCUUCAAGGAUGUGGCUGUGGAAUUCACCCGGGAGGAGUGGAAGCACCUGGGCCCCGCUCAGAGGAACCUGUUCAGGGAUGUGAUGCUGGAGAACUACAGGAACCUCGUCUCCCUGGGACUUUCAGUUGACAAGCCAGAUGUCAUCCUUCACUUGGAGAAAGGUGAUGCAACAUGGAUAAUAGAACAGGAAGUCCCAAGAAGCACCUGCCCAGUGUGCUUUAAGCCGGGCACUAUGUGUGAAAUAAUGGAGCCAAUUCCCAAGCAAGACAUUUCUGUUGGAAAGUUAUCCAAGGAACAACUUCACAAAGAUGGUGUCUUUAAUUCCAAAUUUGGAAAAUCUUGGGAAUGUGAUAUUAGAUUAGAGUACCAGGGGAGAAGUCAUAUAAAACAAUCCCAGCAACUUAUAAUCAACUGCAGAAAUCCUUCUACUAACUUUAAUAUCAGUAAAUAUGAUGAAUUUGGAAAAGGCUUCAAUCUGGGUCCAGCCUUGGGACAAAGUCUGCAGAAAUGUGAGAUACAUAGAAAGAACUUCAAACAAGGUUUAGAUGAAAGUAAACAUAUUGAAAACUUUUUUGAGAAGAAGCUUUGUAAGUGUAAUCAAUGUAGGGAGGCAUUUAGUUGUCGUUCAGACAUUAUUCAACAUCACAGGAAAGAUACUGAGGAAAAAUCAAAUGAAUGUUAUGAGUGUGGGAAAGUAUUCACUUGUCACUCUUGUUUUGUUCUACAUCAAGGCAUUUGGGUUGAAGAAGAACCCUUUGAAUUUGGUAGAUCCAUUAAUUGGCAUCAACGUACUACUGAACAGAAAAAAGUUCUUAUGGGAGAAAAACAUUUUAAACGUAAUGAACUUAGAAAAUUGUUUAAUUGUCCCAGAUACCUUGGUGAUCAUAAGAAAAUUCAUACUGGAGAGAAACAGUUUGAAUGUAGUGACUGUGGGAAAUGUUUUACUCAGCGUGGAAACCUUAUUAAACAUAAGCGGCUUCAUACAGGAGAGAAACCCUUUAAAUGUAAUUUAUGUGAUAAAUCAUUUAGUUUUCGUGGAUACCUUGAUAGCCAUAAGAGAUUUCACACUGGAGAGAAACCCUUUGAAUGUAACGAAUGUGGGAAAUGCUUCACUCAGAGUGGAGACCUUAUUAAACAUAAGAGAAUUCAUACUGGAGAGAAACCAUUUGAAUGUAAUGAAUGUGGGAGAUCUUUCAGCAGGAGAGAAGGACUUACUAUACAUAAGAGGAUUCACACUGGAGAGAAACCAUUUGAAUGUAAUGAAUGUGGGAGAUCUUUCAGCAGGAGAGAACGACUUACUACACAUAAGAGGAUUCAUACUGGAGAGAAACCAUUUGAAUGUCAUGAAUGUGGGAAAGCCUUUAGCAGAAGAGAACGGCUUACCACACAUACCAGGAUCCACACUGGAGAGAGACCAUUUGAAUGUAAUGAAUGUGGAAAAUCUUUUAAUCAUCGUGGCGAACUUCUAACACACAAGAGAAUUCAUACUGGAGAAAAACCAUUUGAGUGUAAUCAAUGUGGGAAAUCUUUUAAUCAUCGUGGAGAUCUUACAAAACAUAAGAGAAUUCAUACUGGUGAGAAACCUUUCAAAUGUCAAGAGUGUGGGAAAUGCUUUCAUCACCGUGGAGGUCUCACUAUGCAUCACAGAAUUCAUACUGGGGAGAAACCCUUUCAGUGUAAUGAAUGUGGGAAAUGCUUUAGUCAUCAUGGAGGUCUUACCAGGCAUAAGAGAAUUCACACUGGAGAGAAACCCUUUGAAUGUAAUCAAUGUGGAAAAUCUUUUAAUCAAUGUGGAGACCUUACUAGACAUAAGAGAAUACAUACUGGAGAAAAACCCUUUGAAUGUAUUGAAUGUGGAAAAUCCUUUAGCUGGAGUCAACAACUUGCUGCACAUAAGGGAAUUCAUAUUGGAGAGAAAUCUUUUCGAUGAAGUUGGAAAUACCCCUACCCAAACAGAGGGAAUACUGAAUUUGGAUUUAGAGAGAAAAUCAGAAUUCAAAAUCCCUGCUAUGUCACUUUUUGUGAUAUGGGGCAGAUCAUUCAGCUUCUCCGGGCAGUUCUUUAGCUAGUAGCAUCAGAACCUUAUUAAAAAAAAUUCAUACCUGAAAGAAAUACUUAAUAUAUGAAUGAUUAUGAAAAGUUCUUUAGAUAGCAUUGAUGCCUUAAUACAAUGAGUACUUACAGGUGGUACUUUGUACAGAUCAGUAGUUUUACUGACUUGCAAAUCACUUUAAAAUAACAUUUAAUAUUAAGUGUAUAGAAUUUCUCUGUGUUAAAACAUAAACUGUAUUAUUGAGUUUUUUUCUUUCAUCUUGAAACACACAGAAAGACCCAAGUUCUGAAUUAUAUGCUCAGGUACAUUCUUCCAUCCUGUGUGAUAGCCUCCUUGGAAGAACCCAUUUGUGUCCCUGAGGACAUAAAAACUUUUUUUCCUGAGGGGAUAGGGAGGCAUACAACAUGAUUUAGUGCUCCUGGUUACCACUGGUGCAUUAGUGAUUUUAUCAACAUGGCCCAUUGUACCUCUGGUAAUCAGAUUCUUAGGGAUAGUUAUUCAGGCUAAAUAGAUCCAGGGCUUCUAGUAAAUUGCACUUCUUGUACACUGGUUAAUGAGCGUUUUGAUAAAUGCCAAAGGUAAAUCCUAAUAAAUUCUCUAACUGCUU